UAAAACUCAACGUAUUAUUUGGUAUAUUUUUAAAUGGUAGAAUUAUUUAUUAAAAUGGAAGACAAGCUUUUGGACGAUGAAAAACAGACAUUCGUGUUUGGUUUUAGCACGACCGAGUUGGUGGAAAGCGUGAGGUUAUUGAUGUCAGAUUCCCACCAAAUUGUUUUAAAAAGUGUGCAGGAAAAAUUAAAGAAUGAAGAUAGGGUACUCGAUGAUAGCAAAAUCCAAGAAAUACAUGAUCUGUUUUUAAGAAAAGCUGAAGAACCUUUAAAAAAAUUUGAAAAUGAAGUGCGAACUGUUAUGGCGAUAGAAAGUAAAGAAGAAGAUACCAUAGAAGAAUACACUGAUGAAGACGUACAUAAGUUAAAACUGGAAAACGAGGAACUUGAUAAAGAAUAUUUAAGGGAAAAAUUAUUUCUUUUGAAGUGCAAACAAAGAAAGCAAGAAUUUGAUCAACACAUUAAACCUGUGUAUGAACAAACACAACAAUUAAUAAACAGUUAUAAAAAUGAGCUGGAUCAAAAUUUAUAUGAUGCUAUAAAUUUACUAAAACUCACCAAUGAGCAAGAAGACUGCAUUAGAACUGAAUUAAAAGACCACGAAGACUUGGAGUUAUUUAAAAUGGAUUACAAACCGAAAAAUCCACCAAAUUUGUUUUAACUAUUGGAUUGCAUUGUAUUUUCUCUUGUAUUUAUAUUAAUA